AUGUUCACCCUAUGCAAAGGUUACAGUGAAGAUGAAGAUGAGGAAGAAGUAAAAGACAUGCUAGAUAAUUUUAAAGAACAGAAGAAAUCAUUUGAAGAAAAAAUAAAUUAUUAUAAAUUAAAAGGAAAUAUUGAAAGAGGUUAUAUAACAAUAUAUACAAAUUUAGGAGAAUUCCAAGUUGAAUUAUAUUGGUAUCAUAGUCCUAAAACAUGUUUAAAUUUUUAUACAUUAUGUACAAUGGGAUAUUAUGAUAAUACAAUAUUUCAUCGAGUCAUUCCAGAUUAUAUAAUUCAAGGAGGUGAUCCAACAGGAACAGGAAAAGGUGGAAAAAGUAUUUAUGGUGAAUAUUUUGAAGAUGAAAUUAACUCAGAAUUAAAACAUACAGGAGCAGGGAUUUUAAGUAUGUCUAAUAAUGGACCUAAUACUAAUGGAUCACAAUUCUUUAUAACCUUAUGUCCAUUACCACACUUAGAUGGAAAACAUACAAUAUUUGCAAGAGUCAGCAAAAAUAUGACUUGUAUAGAAAAUAUAGCUGCAGUACAAACUACAGCAACAAACAAACCAAUAUUUGACGUUAAAAUUUUGAGAACAUCAACAGCGGUAAAUGUUGACUAA